AUGGCUUCCGCACGGCGCGCUGCGCUCAAGCCUCUGCACUUCUUGGAGUCACGUGAUCCCGCGCUCCAGAAAGAAGGCGCUCUCCGGGUGCUAGAAAUUGGCGCGGGUUCAGGAGCCAACUUUGAGCACAUCACGAGAAAGAUUAGGUACACCAACGUGGAUCCCAAUCCAGAGUUCUGCAAUGUCUUCUUCAGAGAGCUCAAGCGCUACCCAAAGAUUGAAUUGGAACGCUUGGUUGAGUGCCACGGGGAAAACAUGAACGAGCUUGAAGAUGAACAAUUCGAUGUGGUUUUGUUCACGUAUCUCCUGUGCUCAGUUCAAGAUGGGAGGAAAGUUCUCGAGGAAGCAAAAAGAGUACUCGUCAAGGGAGGCCAGCUGAUUUUCUUGGAGCAUGUCGCUCAUCCAAAAUGGACAUGGCCAAGGCUCCUUCAAAGUCUUAUAACUCCACUAUGGAAGAUCACUUUACUUCACGACGACGAGGAGUAG